AUGACUGCCAAACCGUGGACGGACGCAGAGCUGGAGUCAGACGCCGUCUCCAAGAAAGACCUCGUCACUUUCCUCCAGGACUCGGCAACAUAUGAGUUCCUAAAAGAUCGCAAACUCUACGGCAAACCAGCAGCCAUCACCAAAUCCUCCAAAAAGCCCGACCUUAUCACCGCCUACACCGCGCUCUUUGCCCAGGACGCAUUCAGGCCUGCCGGGCAAUCGCUUGACGAAGCCGCUGCUGCUGCUGCGAGUAGUGCGAAUGUGAAGGAUGGGGCUGCUGCAGGGGGGGAUGCACCUAAGCGUGUUGAGGACGCAACACCACCGGAAGUCCCGAAAUACCAAAAAGUAGUAUUGAAAAAGGGCGACGGGGAACGCAAACCGAAAAAGGGGGAUACCGUGAUUGUGUUUUACACGGGCACGUUGCCGGAUGGGAAGGUGUUUGAUACCAACAUUACGGGGAAAAAGAAGCCGGUUGGGUUGAGGUUCAAAGUGGGGACGGGCCGAGUCAUCAAGGGAUGGGACGAAGGACUAAUGACAAUGUACAAAGGCGAAAAAGCACGCCUGAUCAUCGAGAGCGAGUGGGCUUACGGGAAGAAGGGCACGCCGGAUGGGAAGAUCCCACCGAAUACCGACCUUACGUUUGAGGUCGAGCUUGUUAGCAUUGACUGA